AAUACCGUACUGCACUGUACCGCUUAUCAUAUUUUUGUAUUAUUACUGCAAAUAAAGCAACCUAACGAAUAUUACAAUAAAAAAAAUAUUUUCAUUAUUUUAAAUAUUGUUAUGAAUUAUAAAUUUUAGAGCUACAAUGACUACUAACCCAAGAAAAGGCACCGAUCCGGUACCUUUUGAGGAGAGCGACCAACUCACUAUUAGACCAUUAGGAGCUGGUCAGGAGGUAGGAAGAUCAUGUAUAAUGUUGGAGUUCAAAGGCAAAAAGAUUAUGUUGGACUGUGGCAUACAUCCGGGGUUAUCAGGCAUGGAUGCAUUGCCAUUUGUGGAUUUGAUUGAAGCGGAUGAAGUUGAUUUACUACUUAUAUCACAUUUCCACUUGGAUCACAGUGGAGCCCUGCCCUGGUUCCUGACGAAAACCUCGUUUAAAGGCAGAGUGUUCAUGACGCAUGCCACUAAAGCUAUUUACAGAUGGCUCGUGUCUGAUUACAUCAAAGUUAGUAACAUAUCUACAGAACAGAUGCUGUACACAGAGUCGGAUUUAGAAUCGUCUAUGGAUCGAAUAGAAACCAUAAACUUCCAUGAGGAGAAGGAUGUCCGCGGUGUGAGGUUCUGGGCUUACAACGCCGGCCACGUGCUCGGAGCUGCCAUGUUCAUGAUCGAAAUUGCUGGUGUCAAGGUGUUGUACACAGGUGACUUCUCAAGACAGGAGGACAGGCAUCUGAUGGCCGCCGAAAUACCCACAGUGCAACCCGACGUCCUUAUUACUGAGUCUACUUACGGGACGCACAUCCACGAGAAACGGGAAGAGCGCGAGAGUCGGUUCACCGGAUUGGUCAGCGAGAUCGUCACACGAGGCGGCCGUUGUCUUAUACCAGUGUUUGCACUUGGACGAGCCCAGGAGCUGCUACUUAUACUCGAUGAGUACUGGUCACUGCACCCCGAGCUGCAGGACAUCCCAAUCUACUACGCGUCGUCGCUCGCCAAGAAGUGCAUGGCGGUGUACCAGACGUACAUCAACGCGAUGAACGACCGCAUCCGGCGGCAGAUCGCGAUCAACAACCCGUUCGUAUUCAGACACAUAUCCAAUCUUAAGGGUAUAGAUCAUUUCGAGGACAUAGGUCCGUGCGUGAUCAUGGCGUCGCCGGGUAUGAUGCAGUCGGGGCUGUCGCGCGAACUGUUCGAGUCGUGGUGCACGGACCCCAAGAACGGUGUUAUUAUCGCAGGCUACUGCGUGGAAGGCACGCUCGCAAAGACGAUCCUAUCGGAGCCGGAGGAGAUCACCUCGAUGUCGGGGCAGAAGCUCCCGCUGAAGAUGUCGGUGGACUACAUAUCGUUCUCAGCGCACACAGACUACCAGCAGACGUCGGAGUUCAUCAACAUACUGAAACCGCCACACGUGGUGCUGGUGCACGGUGAGCAGAACGAGAUGUCCCGACUGAAGGCCGCGCUGCAACGAGAACACCGCGGCCGCCUCGCGCUGCACACGCCGCGCAACACGCAGCUGCUCGCGCUCACCUUCCGCGGAGACCGUACCGCCAAGGUGAUGGGGUCGCUAGCUAUGGACCCACCGAAGGCUGGUAACGAGUUACAAGGCAUCCUCGUCAAGAGGAACUUCAAUUAUCACAUACUGGCUCCCUCGGACCUCAACAAAUACACGGAGCUGAGCCAGUCGGAGGUGACGCAGCGUUACUGCAGCUCGCGCCAUCUCCGCAUGCACUUCGCAGGAUGCAAACAUUUGUAUUCGUGCUGGCGGCCGCCGCGCUGCCCGCGCCCCGCCAUUGCUCGCGUAUUGCGGACUGCACUUCAAGGUACACCACCACCACCAUUGUUCCACCACCACCACCAGGCGCAGCCGGUGUCGGACAUGUUCGCGGACGCGCUGGUGGCGGGCGUGCUGGCGGCCGCCGCGCUGCCCGCGCCCCGCCACCUGCCGCUCGCGCCCAAGCUGGACCGCAUGCACUUCAAGGAGUGCGUGAUAGAGAUGCUGCAAGAAAUGUUUGGUGAGGACUCCGUGCCGAAGAUGUUCAAGGGUGAAAAGUUAUACGUGGAGGUGGACGGCAAACGGGCAGACAUCGACCUGCUGAAUAUGGAGGUGAGCUGUCCGUCGGACUCGUCCCUGGAGCGCGUGGUGCAGUGCGCCGUGUCCAAGCUGUACGCGGCGCUGGCGCCCGUCAAGCCGCCGCCGCCGCCGCCGCAACCCUCGCAGCCCUGCUGAUGACCUCACUUACUGAUACUGACAAACCAAACUCCG